AUGAAUGGACGAUUUCAACCAUCUCUCCGAUCUUCCUUCCUCUCCCGUCAAGCAUCGACAGCGUCGACAACUGCCGGGUCUACACCCAAUUCCCCUUCGGUAUAUUCGGGAGACGUAGCUACAGGACAUGAAGGAUCGAGUGGUCGUACAACCCAUUUUGGGUUUCGUCAAGUUCCAGAGGAGCAGAAAGAGGCUCUAGUUGGCGACGUAUUCAGUUCCGUCGCUUCUAGUUAUGAUCGAAUGAACGAUGCCAUGUCUCUCGGUAUACAUCGACUAUGGAAAGAUUCAUUCGUCUCUUCUCUCUUACCUCGACUCCCUCCUUCUUUCCAUGAUCCUGACAAUUCAGCAUCGGGCCCGCAAAAGAUCUUCAAAUGCCUUGAUGUGGCAGGUGGGACGGGCGAUAUAGCAUUGAGAAUAUUGGAUCGAGCGAGAGACAAGUUCGCUUGUAGGGAUGUAGAGGUGGAAGUGGUAGAUCUGAACGAGGGCAUGUUGAAUGAAGGGAGGAAAAGGGUAGCAAAGACCAUGUAUUAUAACACUCCUCAAAUUCGUUUCACUCAUGGAAACGCUCAAUCUCUACCUUCUCACAUAGCCAACAACUCCAUCGAUCUCUACACCAUCGCGUUUGGGAUACGGAAUUGUACUUCCUUACCCGCUGUUCUCAGUGAGGCUCAUAGGGUGUUGAAGCCUGGAGGUAAGAUCGGUGUGCUAGAAUUUGGAAAAGUCACCAAUCCUCUAUUCAAAGAGGUUUAUCGACAAUACUCAUUUUCCUUCAUCCCCAUACUGGGUAAGAUUAUCGCUGGCGAUGCGGAUUCUUACCAAUAUCUAAUUGAGUCCAUUGAGCGCUUUCCUUCUCAACCUGAAUUUGCAAAACUCAUGCAAGAAGCAGGCUUCAAGACUGGGCAAUUGAGGGAAGGUAAGGGAGGUGCAUGGACGGAUCAUACUGGCGGCAUAGCUACCGUUUGGACCGGCGUCAAGGCCUGA